UUUCAUCGCUCUAGAUUUCGAAACCCUAAUACUCGAUAUAUAAGAACCUUGGCCUUGAGUUGUUCCCAAUUGUUCAUCGCGGCGGGGAUUGAGAGAAAGAGCCAAUCCAAUCUCGCAGCCAUGGUGAAUGUUCCAAAAACAAAGAAGACUUACUGCAAGAACAAGGAGUGCAAGAAGCACACCUUGCACAAGGUUACCCAGUACAAGAAGGGUAAAGAUAGCCUUUCUGUCCAAGGAAAGCGUCGGUAUGACCGAAAGCAGUCCGGUUAUGGUGGACAGACAAAGCCUGUUUUCCACAAGAAGGCUAAAACCACCAAGAAAAUUGUGUUGAAACUGCAAUGCCAAAGUUGCAAGCAUGUAUCACAGCACCCAAUCAAGAGAUGCAAACAUUUUGAGAUUGGUGGAGACAAGAAGGGAAAGGGCACGUCUCUCUUUUAGAUUGCUCAUUUAUCUUUUCUUAUUGCUGCAGCCACUGCCUGUUGGAACUUGGUAAUGGAAAUGAGUCCAAUGAACUUAUGUAGCUUAAUCUUUGAUUUCAAAGAAACUUGAAUCUGUUGAACUAAAAUUUCAAUUUUGAAAUGUUAUGUUUGUCUUUCUUGGUGUUAUCUUAA